AUGGGUUCAACAAAUGUGUCACAGAUUGUUGAUGAUAUUUGUAGGAAGUUUGAUGGAUUGAUACCAGGUGCGGUGUGUUUGGUGUUCGAUGUUCCCGGGUACAAGAAGUUUAAGGUGGAUAGUGACGACGAUAUUCAAAACAUGUUGUGCCUUGCUAUGUCAUUUGGAAUAAAUCACAUUGAGGUCCUCAUUCAGGAAAGUAGUGUUGGUGUGGGGGUAAUUGUGGUGUGGUGGAUUCCACGGAGGAUGGGAUCGAAGACGUUUUUGUCAGCGCAAUGGGCGUAUGGGAUUACCCAUGUGGGACAAUGUUUUGAUGGUGGCAUAGCUGAAUUCCGUGAAGUUCUAUGUAAGUAUGCCGUUGAACGUGAAUUUCAAUUCAAAAACCCUCGUACGGGGUCUGAUUUGGUGUCUGCUGUUGUUGCGGAUCGAGUGCACGAUCAGCCAUUGACGCGUCCUACCGAUGUUGUGUUUGACUUGAAAAACGAGUAUGGUUUGGACAUUAGUUACCGGGUGGCAUGGUUGGAUGGGUUCAAUCAUUGUCGACCUUUGUUGUUUUUGGAUGGAACAUUUCUGAAAGGUAGGUUCAAAGGUAAUUUGCUUGCGGCUACUGCUAAAGACGCCAAUCAAGGAUUGUCUCUGGUAGCCUUUGCUAUUGUUGAUUCUGAGAAUUCAUUCAAUUGGGAAUGGUUUCUUUGUAAUUUGAAAGAAGUUGUUGGGGGCAGGCGGACAUUGACUUUCGUAUCUGACCGUCACGUCGGAUUAAUACACUUUAUACCAAUCAUUUUCCCUUCGGCGCAUCAUGCAUUUUGUUUGUUGCAUCUCCAAAUGAACUUGCGGGAUCGAAUGAAAUAUGUUAAUGCAUCGCAUAAAAUUGGUUUGAUGCGCAAGUUGCGGGAAUGUACCUACGCGCCCACUGUUACUUGCUUUAAUGAGAAAUUGGAGGUAUUGAAGAAGUCCAACCCAGCUGUGAUUGAAGAUUUUCUUAAAGACUUGCACCCAAAACAUUGGUCUAAUGCGUAUUUCAGUGGCCGACGGUACGGGGAGAUGUGCUCAAACGCCGCCGAAUCUUUUAACAACUGGGUAGGUCAGGCCCGUCAUCUUCCUAUUACUAGAUUGGUUGAUAUGAUAAGGGGUCAAAUCAUGGAGCAGAUGUCAGAGCGCAGAGUUAAAUGCACUAAGUGGGUCGGUGUAAUAUGCCUGAAGAUGGUGAAAAAAUUGGUGGCAGCGUUCAAUGACAGCAGGGCAUGGUGUUGGCAGAUUAAUGGAUACCCGUGUUCCCAUGCUGUCGUUGCAUUUCGUAAUAGUGGGAGAAACAUUUAUGAUUCAAUAGAUGCUGUAUUCUACAUUGACACAUUUCAAGCUACUUAUAGCGGAACUAUAUACCCCAUUCCAACAGUGGAGAGGCCGAUGUUUAACCUGAAUGAACUUUUGAUAGCACCCCCGACAGUCAAGCGUCCUCUUAGUAGGCCCAAACGGAAGAGAAUUUCGUCUAAGGGCGAGGUAGUGCAACGUAUAAGUUGCGGGCGUUGCGGGAGAUUGGGCAAUCACAAUAGGAAGACAUGCAAAGAGCCGUUACAGACGGUUUGCCGUAUGAUUUAA